CAUUUAGUAAUUCUUGGAUUUAUAUAUAUGCAUAUCUAUUAAUCCAUUUCUUAUUCUAAAUGUCAAUUCUUAAGAUUCAUUAUAACACCACCUCCGUGAAAAUAGCAGCAGACAGCUGUACACGGUGAAACUAGCUUCAAUGUUUUGGUCCAGUGUUGACACUGUCAGCUAAGCCUCUGAAAGUGGUGAAGGGGGAAAAGGGAGCUCAAAUCCCCUUCAUAAUGUGGCUGUUCGUGGUGGGCUUUGUCGUCCACCUGAUAUUUUUUGUGUCUGUGUUUGACAUUUACUUCAAAACACCUCUGAGCCAUGGAAUGACCCCUCAAGUGCACGGAAGAGAGCCGGCGGCGCAGAGGCUGGUGCUCUUGGUCGCCGAUGGACUCCGGGCCGAUUCCUUCUAUGACUUCCCAAACGAAACCACGAAAGCUCCCUUUCUCAGAUCUAUCAUUGAGAAAGAAGGGACAUGGGGAGUCUCUCACACUCGAGUUCCGACAGAAUCUCGUCCAGGUCAUGUGGCCAUCAUUGCAGGAAUCUUUGAAGACCCAAGUGCAAUUGCAAAAGGAUGGAAAGAGAACCCUGUAGAGUUUGAUUCUGUCUUCAACGAGAGUCGUCAUACAUGGUGUUGGGGCAGUCCAGAUAUUCUACCAAUGUUUGCAAGCGGCUCAGAGCGAGGUCACAUAGAGACCUUUAUGUAUGAAGCAGUAGAAGAAGACUUUGCCAGCGAUGAUGCUUCUAGGCUCGAUACUUGGGUCUUUGAUCAUGUUGUUUCCUUCUUUGAAAAAGCCAAGGGAGACAAGAAACUCAAAGAACGUCUACUGCAGGAUCGUAUAGUGUUUUUCCUCCAUCUUUUAGGAAUUGAUACGAAUGGACAUGCCCACAAGCCAUAUUCCAAGGAAUAUCAGAAUAAUAUUGGUAUUGUUGAUAAAGGGGUUGAAAGAGUUGUCAAGGUGUUUGAAGAUUUCUACAAUGACAAGAAAACAGCUUACAUCUUUACGUCAGACCAUGGAAUGACUGACUGGGGAUCACAUGGGGCUGGAGACCCAAGUGAAACAGAAACACCAAUUGUUGCUUGGGGUGCAGGUGUAGCUAAACCAAAGGAUCCUUCACAGUUCAAAGAGAAGAUGAUGUAUGAUGCACGCGUUGAAAAGUGGGGCUUGACUCAUGUCCGUCGCCAUGAUCUCCACCAGGCAGAUAUUGCACCCCUCAUGUCAUCCAUUAUUGGAAUACCAAUACCUGUCAAUAGCAUGGGAUUGUUACACAUUGAGUAUUUAGGGACAGCAGAUGAGUACAAAGCAGAUGCCUUGUAUGCAAAUGCUCGGCAAAUGCUUUCUCAGUACCAACGCAAGAGAGCUCAAAAGGAAGAGGAAAUUAUGCCCAUUUUCUACUGGCCAAACCUGAAUCUUUCUCCUGACAGAGAACUGGAAAUUUUGGCAAGGAUCCGAAAUUAUCUGAAAGAAGCUAAAUAUGAAGACGCUAAUAUGGAGAGCCUGUUUUUGAUUUCAUUGACUCAGCAGGGCAUGGAUUAUUACCAUAAUUAUGACCGUUUGUCACUUUCCAUCCAUAUUGCUCUUGGUUUCAUGGGCUGGAUAUUCCUCAUGAUCUGUCAUCUCUUGAGAGACCACAGCGCAGUUUUACGGAUGGCUGGAGGCACUAUAGAAGGAAGGAGAGUGUGGCGGUCAUCUGUUUUGAUGGGUUUAGUCCUAGUGGUUUGGGCUGUAACAAACCUCACUAAACUCAUUGGACAACAAAACCCAUGGCAACACUACCUUUACCUUAUGACUCCCAUUGGCUUGUGGGCUCUGGUUCACCAGAGCUGUGCUCCUUUGCGUGUCACGUGGCUCCUCGUUUCCUCUUUCAACAUGGUGUGGGAAGUGGCCAUACGCAUCCUCUUUAUCAUUAUUGGAAUCGAGAUCUUGGUGA